AUGUCAGAGAUUUGGCAUUCUUUGAAGAAAUCACUUCAUUGCAAACCACAUUCAUUGGAUGUUCAUGAUCCUAUGGCAAGUGGGCACCAAAGAAGUAUUAAGCAAGGCAAGAUUGAUAAUUCAAAAUCCCAAGCACGCAUACGCAAUGCCAUUCUUAACCCUGUUACCCAUGAAAUUGUCCUUGAUAGUUCAAGCGGUGAGAUUAAAAUGUGUGUAUGUUGUCCUUAUCCUCUCAGCAGUGAAGAUGGCGAAGGGGUAGAAGGUCAUCAUCAGAGAUCAACGAAGCGAGCUAUAUCUUCAAGGGAAACACAUUAUGUUGAUUGUGAUGAAUGUUAUAUCUUCUUAAAGCCAAGAGUUUUAGUGCAGAAAGAUUGUAAUGGUCCUCCAACAUUAACUUGUCAUCAAGAACGUGGUGAGAAAUUAAAAUCUCUUGACACUGUUGAAGAACGCCAUAUCUGUGAGCAUUCAGUCAUAGGACUUCAUAAAGAAGAUUCAUCAUGGCAGAUUAUCGAAAAAAUAUGCCAAGGUAGCUAUGUCAAUUCUGAAAGCAAGGCAGCACAAAUUGAAUGUGUCAUGAAGGUCCAGAACACGCAAAAAACAUUUGCUUGCUUUGAGGAAUGCAGAGAAAUGGUUAAGAAUAUUAAUGUUGAAAGGCAACAAAAUAAGCACCCUCGAUGCUGGGUUGAUGGAAAUGAGUUGUUGAGGUUUCAUGGUACAACUGUUGCAUGCUCCCUUGGUAUAAAUGGCUCUUCUAGCCUUUGUACUUUAGACCAAUGUGGUGUAUGUCAAAUUUUGAGGAAUGGUUUCUCCACCAACAAAGAACUCCACGGUGCAGUUGGGGCUUUUACCGCUUCUAUAACUGGAAAAGCCAUUGAUUCCAUUGACUCUUCCCAUAAACCUGUCGUGAGAGAGUCUGUUAUAGUUUGCAGAGUAAUAGCUGGGCGAGUCCAUAAUCCUCUACUUGAGAUUCAAGGAAUGACUGAUUCAGAGUUUGAUUCUUUUGUUAAAACGGAUAUUGAAGAACUUUAUGUUUUGAAUCCUAGAGCUGUCCUCCCUUGCUUUGUGGUAAUCUUCAAAUUCUGA